UUAUCAAAAUUACGGAAACUAUCCAAUUUAUCCUAAUCAUUAUCCAAUUUAUCCAAAUCAAUAUCCAAAUGGAAAUUUUUAUCGUAGUCGGAAUACAUUUUAUAAUCGGAAUUAUCAACCACAACGUCGUUUCAAUGGCUAUCGUAUUAUGAAUCAACCAUAUAUACCACCAUUGCAGCAGAUACCUCAAAGAAGAUUCUAUCGUCAACCGACAAUGCAACGAUUAAAUCUAAAUCAAGGAAGAAUAGGACGAACUACUAGACCUCGUAGUAGUUCAAAUCAAAAUCAACGGCGAAGUCAAUCAAGACAGCCUCAACAACGUAGACGUCGUCCAAGACAAUUACGUUUAAAUGAUUUUAUGCCAACUGAACUACGUGAUCCUUCACCUAUGGCACCAAAUCUUCCUCAAGAAUUUAAUUUGGAAACAAUCCCUGCUCCACCUGGUGCAUUACCACAGCGACAGGUCUUUGCUAAUGCUGCAACGACAGCUAAUAAUAAUAAUACAACCCAACCAUUUAUGGUCAAUCAAGAUAAUAAUCAACAACAGGCAACAACAACAUCAUCGUAUAGACGUCAACAACGUCGCAAAGGUGGACAACAGCAAAAUCGUCAAAAUCGUCGAAAACGUCGAAAUUCAAAUUAUAAUCGAUUUGCUGAAUUAGCCGAAGAUAAUGAUGAUAAUAAUGAUGAUCCUGUUGAAACCGACUUAAAUGAUGAACCCAUCUUUAAAAAUAAAAAUAAAAAUAGACGAGAUAUGAAGAAAAAGAAGACUCGACUCUAUCUCGAAUCGAAUCGUAUGUUACGAUGGUUUGAAGAUAAUUCAAAGAAUUCAAAAAAUUCUGCAAGUGGUCGUGGCAAUCAAGCCUAUAUAUUAGCAUCGGCUCCGAUCUAUGAUGAAUGGGUUCGUAAUAAUUAUGAAUUGCAAGUCUGGCAAACUUAUUUAAAAAUGGGUACAGAACAAAAACAUUGGGC